AUGUCGCUUGACGUGCUGAAAUGGAUUCUGCUCGGUGUAAUGGCACUUAUUACUAUAUUCUUCGGGCUUUUGCCAUUGCAACUCAUCAAUUAUCUGAACAACGAGCAUAGCCGAAUUCACAAGAGGGCUUCUUUGGUUCUUUCUCUGAUUUCCUGCUUCGCCGGAGGUGUAUUCCUUUCGGUCUGUUUUCUGGACAUGUUGCCAGAUUCAUUAGAAGCUUGGGAAGAUGUCAAAUCGGACACUGGAUGCGAUAUUGAUUACCCUUUUGUCCAACUAAUUGCACUAAUCGGAUUCUUUUUUGUCUACAUCAUGGAAGAGAUUUCGACAAAAUGCUGCGGCGGCCACGGCCACAGCCACUCAGGAGUUACCGACAAUGUGACAUUCCCGAGAGCUCGUCUCGCCACUGUUGGCACCAUCUUCGACAUCGACGGAAACGUUGUGCAGCCAUGCAAAGAAUCUGUGAAGGACCUGGAUGUUGAUGGAGAAGGUCCCAUCCAAACCUCGCUGAUUUUCGCCUCCGCUUUCAUUCUUCAUGUUUUCUUCGAAUGCUUUGCGUUUGGCGUUCAAGAGGACGCCGUUUCGUUGACUUCUCUCUUCCUUGGAAUCAUUGUGCACAAAUCUGUCGUGAUGUUUUCAUUGGGAAUGAAGCUUAGCAGAAAUCAUCCCCGUAGAAAAUACAUUGUUGUGAUUAUUAUGGCAACAAUCGCUGCUUUCAACAUUUUCGGAGGAAUGAUCGGAAUUCUAAUUGAGGACUCACAAAUUAACCAAACUCCAAAAGACAUUGUUACGUUUGUGCUGUUGAGUUUUUCAUUGGGAAAUUUUAUCUACAUCACAUUUUUCGAGAUGCUAUCAGCUGAACGAGCCAACAACCAUUCAAAUAUUCUGCAAUGGUUUUUCACGUUCGCGGGCUUCGUGCUCAUCGCCAUAAUAAUGAUUUGGUCCAGUUAA